CGCGAGUGUUUCAUAUCAACUCACAAUUUACAUCAUAACCGAAAAAUAUGCAUAUUAUAUGCGCUUACUAACACACAUUCUGCUAUAUUUAUACGCGCACAUAACCAUUAAUCGUGGCAAAGCUGUUUUGCAGUAGUCAUAUAAAGUAAUUGAUGAAUCUGCUUUUACUUUCAACAAUUCGAUAUAUUUGUAUGUUAUAUUCGGGAGCGCUCUUGACUCGACCUCGUAGACCUUAAGUUUUUUUUUUGUGUCUUUCUUUUGAGAGUAUAGAUUAAAACAAAAACUUGAUUAUCGAGUUAGUUUUUUUUGGUAAAUUUUAUCUUUUCAAAGUUCAUUCCAGUGCAUGUUGUCCAAAUUGAUGGACAUAUAAAGGAAAAAGUGUUGAGCGUUACAGGUGUAACAGUGAUAAAUACGUUUGAAUCGAAAGAACGUUAAAUUUUUGGAUAUAAUUGCACGUCCGUAUGUGCAGUGCAAAAGUUAAUUAAAUUGAGAUCCAACCAUUCGUAAUAAAGUUAAGAUUUAAUAGCUCGACAUUAGCAUAGAAUUUCAAAUUAAAAUUUCUAUAAAAAAAGUUGAAAAGUUCAGACAACGUUGCAUCCGAGGGGAUAUUGAUUAAACAGCACUGCACUGCUGCACUAGGAAACGAUAUAUAAUAUUCUACAAUUUGAGACGCAGUGCUAUUCAAUCGAAGUGAAGUUUCAUGGCGGACACGGACAUUAAUCCUGCUAAAGAUGAAAAAGAACAACAAAGUGAUCCCAUUCAACAUGCAAUGGGAGCAUUCGGUAAAUGGCACAUCCUCACCUGUUCGACGAUAUUUCUGAUGAAAUUUCCGGUUGCUUGGCAUCAACUGAGCAUCAUCUUCCUUGCCCCAUCAUUAAACUUUACCUGUGCAAACAAUUCGAUAGCAAAAUGUUCGGACGAAUGCGUUGAAUACGAUUACGAUCGGUCAAUAUUCACUGAGACAAUUAAGACAACGUGGAACUUGGUCUGUGAACAGGAACACUGGGCUAAUUUCUCACAAACGGUUUUUAUGUCGGGAAUUUUAAUUGGCAGCUUCUUAUUCGGAACACUAUCGGAUAAAUUCGGUCGUCGGUCACCGCUAGUGGCUGCCGUAUUCAUUCAACUAAUCAGUGGAGUUUGCACGUCAGUUAGUCCAUGGUUUUGGCUAUUCUGCCUUUGUAGAUUUAUCACAGCGGUAGCUACUGGAGGAACGAUGACAACAAGUUUCGUUUUGGUAAUGGAAAUAACUGGAGUGAGAUGGCGUGAAUUGAUCUUGGUCCUCUAUCAAAUACCUUUCAAUUUGGGCCAUUUAACUUUGGCCGGUUUUGCUUAUUUUAUCCGUGACUGGCACAAUCUACAAUUUGCCUUGUCGAUACCGUCAGUCGUGCUAAUUUCUUAUUACUGGUUGGUCCCUGAAUCACCGAGAUGGCUAUUUGCCGCCGGUCGUGUCGAAGAGGCGUCCAAACAGUUAGAAAAAGCUGCUCGAGCGAAUAAGCUUCCCGUUGAGAAUAUACAUAAGGACUUGCUGGCCCUAAAGAAAUUGUCAACGGAUGCCGAUGACCACAAUUCGAAGGGCAACAUUUUGGAUCUAUUUCGUACGCCUAAUAUGCGAGCGAAAACCAUUUACAUAUGCUUCAACUGGUUCGUUUGCGGUCUCACCUUUUUCGGUGUUGCUCAAUACGUUGGUCACGCUGGCGGUGACAUAUUCACUAAUGUUGCAAUAUCGGCUGCACUGGAAUUGCCAGGCACGAUUUUGUGCAUCUACACAAUGAAACGAUUCGGCCGAAAGAAAACUUUGAUUUAUGCCAACUGCUUGGCUGGCUUGUCGUUGAUUUUGAUUGCAUUCCUUCCACCGAGUCAAAGUUUAAUAAUCGUAACGUUGGCAUCGAUGGGAAUCAUUGGCAUGAGCAUCUCGUUUCCAACCGUAUAUUUGUAUGCCGGUGAACUAUUUCCAACAGUUGUGCGUAACGUUGGCGUAGGCACUGCUUCGAUGGUUGCCAGAGUGGGCUCAAUGAUUGCACCAUUCGUUGCUGGGCUGUCAUCAACCACUCAUUGGCUACCACCAGUAAUUUUUGGCGUGGCACCCUUGGUUGGGGCACUGUUAGUGCUAUUUUUACCGGAAACUUUGGGUUGUCCACUUCCGGAAACAUUGCAGGAUGGAGAGGAUUUCGGGAACAAGUCGCCUGUAAAGUUCCAGCGUGAAGAUAGUGAGACGAGGUCAUCACAUUUAGUUGAUUAAAUUAUGUUUUAGUGUAUGAAAGAGCCCGUGUGAAUGGAUUAUUCCUAAUCAAAUGUAUGAAUGAGCCAUUUGCAGUGAGAUCGUAAAUUGCAUCAGUGGAAAUUUCUAUGUUGAAGUCGUAUCGUUGUACGAGUUUCGUCGAAUAUUUUUAAAAUCGAUAGUAAUAUCGUUCAACCGUGGGACGUAUACUAUAAGUCUUGUGUGCUUAAAUCGGUGCCGUUACCCUAUAAUAGUAUGAUCGUUUAAGCUGUUGAAGCUUCCGCUGGAGGUCAUACCGUGAUCGAUUUGAGAUCAAGUCAAAAAAAAACAAAAGCUAAUUAAUUAACUGGUACCGAGGCAUGCAAUUGAUACAUGUUGUGAGUUACUUCCUACUACACUUAAUAAACUGCUUUCACAGUACUUACACAGCGGUCAAUGCAAAGAAAUGAUCUCUAAAUUUCUACGUGACAAGUCUAAUUUCACUUGGUGGUUCAAUAUCACACGCUCUCAUGGCCUUGACGAACAGCAAAAGCGCUCAUUAAAAUCAUAAAACCUGUCAGUUCUUCUAAAACUAAUUUUUCACACAGAUACUUCAAAUGUUAAAUGUGUUAAUAUAACCUAUUGCGGAAGGCUAUCAACUGUUAUCGAAAGUCUUCAGGAAUAAACUACAAGAUCUGACUAAUGCGUAUUAUGUAGCAAAAAGCAUGUCGAGUCCACAGAAAUAAAGUAGAAGAUCGAAACUGAAUCUCUUGAGAAUUUGAGUUAAGUAAAGAAGUAACAGAUCCGAUAGAAAUAUCGUUCGCCCUCUGUGAAAGGAUAUUUUGUUGCUCUUAUCGCUGAUCAUGUAGUUGGCUGUAACGAAAUAACCACUUCCAAGAACAGCAGUACUGACACAUUUGCACAUUGCAAGCAAGUAAAUCCAUAAUCCAAUCUAUGCUUUAUCCGAAACAGUUAUGUUAACAUACCGACCACUGAUGCAAUAAAAUUUAAUUAGGAAAUUAGUGUAAUGUCACCUCCCAACAAAAUGAUUUUUUUUUUAUGCUCGCAAAGACUAGCUGUACGUACCUCUGUACAUCGAAUUUACACUUUGUUAAUAAAUACUUAAACCA